AUGACUGUUAAAGAUAGAAGUAUAGAAUUUUAUGAUUUAAAAAUAUUAAAUAAUCAACGUGGAAGUGUAAUUAUUAUGGAUGAAGAAAAUGGUUUAAAAUUAUUUUUUGAUGUUGUUGAAAAUAUAAGAAAAAAAAUUAAAGAACUUGAUGAAAUUAUAGAUAAUUUAGAUAUGGCUAAAAAAGAUAUGAUUUGUGAGACUUAUUCUAAUAUGGAAAUAUAUGAAAAUGUAACAAAUUUAAUUAAAAACUUUGAUAUAAAUGUUCAAAUAAUAAGAAAAGAAUUAAAAAAUAUGGAAGAACAAAUAAAGUAUGAUGAAAAUUAUCCUAAUGGUGUUCUUCCAACAUUUCAAAAAAUUAGAAAAAUUCAUCUUAAUCAUUUAAUUUUACGUUUUAAAGAAAUAGUAAUUAGAUAUAACCAAUCACAGGAAGAAUAUAAAAAUUGUUGUAAAGAAAGAAUAUCACGAAGACUUUUAUUAGAGGGAUAUUAUUUAAAUGAGGAACAAUUAGAUGAAAUAGUUGAAAAUGGAAUGUUUAACAUUUCAACAAAUAAUAUAAAUGUUGGUUUUCAAUUAAUUGAAGAUGUCAAAAGUCGUCAUAAAGAAAUAUUAAAACUUGAAAAAAGUGUUCUUAAAUUAUUUACUCUUUUUCAAGAUAUUUUAUUUAUUGUUGAUUCACAAAAUGAGGUUAUUGAUAGAAUUGAAGAAAAUAUUGAAUAUGCAGAAGCUAAAGUAUUUCAAGCUAGAAAAUAUGCCAUUUUAGCAUCAAGACAAAAGAAACGCCUACUAAAAGCGCAAUUGUUUUGCGGUUUACUAUGUAUUUUUUUAAUUAUAAUUACGGCUUUACUUUUAUAUUCAUAUUUAAAAUAA